AUGUCCGGUCGCGGCAAAGGUGGUAAAGUAAAGGGCAAGGUCAAGUCCCGUUCCAACCGUGCCGGUCUACAGUUCCCCGUGGGUCGUAUUCACAGGCUGCUCCGCAAGGGAAAUUACGCCGAGCGCGUCGGUGCCGGUGCUCCGGUGUAUCUCGCCGCCGUGAUGGAAUACCUGGCCGCCGAAGUUCUCGAGUUGGCCGGUAACGCCGCACGCGACAACAAGAAGACCAGAAUCAUACCGAGACACUUGCAGCUGGCGAUCAGGAAUGACGAGGAGUUGAACAAGCUCCUGUCUGGCGUUACCAUCGCCCAGGGUGGUGUGCUGCCCAACAUCCAAGCGGUGCUCCUUCCCAAGAAGACCGAGAAGAAGGCUUAAGCGCGUCCGAACCAACCUCGAAGCGGCCCUCUCCCUCUCUCUAUCUACUACGACGACGACGAGGGGACGGGACCCCAACGUUAA